GCAUUGGAUGUAAUAUCUUUUUCAUCCGAGUAUGGAUUGCUUGGGAAUCAAGCAUUUAGAUAAAUCUCUAUCUAAGAUUAAUUCGAUUGUGACAAAUAAGUGAAACAUCACAGAAUAAGAAACUCUUUAGCUUUCAUGAAUUAUGGUAAAGACAAAUAUGUGUCUCUUACCUUUUCAAUUUUCAGAAAGGAUGGGAAAUAGCUGUGCUGGAGCAUCAACUGAAUUGGCUGAUCCUUGAACACAAAGCCAGCCUCAACAACACCUACCACUGUCAGCCUUGUCUUUCAAGCAAAACUUACACCCAAAGCCCCCACCAUCUCUGUCUUUCUCCACAGUUAUCAAUGAGAGCAGACCCACAGCUACUGAAAGAAGUAGUGGAGGACGCAUCUGUUCCAAAACCAUUUCCUUCAACAUAUCCUAGCAUCUCUCCAGUUCCACCAAAAACCAAAAAGACAGUAGAUGGGUUCAACUAAUACACCUAUUGGAAUGCGAAGCUCUACGUUAAUAGAAACAUCAUGUGGCUAUUUACUUCAAGAAUUGCAGAUGAUAUGGGAUGAAGUUGGUGAGGAUAAGUUUGAAAGAGAGAAGGUUCUGCUGGAUCUAGAACAAGAGUGUUUAGAGGUCUAUAGGAGAAAAGUGGACAAUGCAAAUAUAUCAAGGGCUCGUCUGCAUCAGGAGUUGGCAGAAUCUGAAGCUGAAUUUACCCACCUUCUUUUGUCGCUCGGAGAACGAGUGCUUCCUGGAAGGCCAGAAAAGAUUUCUGGAACACUGAAGGAGCAGCUCGAUGCCAUCACACCUGCAUUGAGGGAGAUGCGGUUAAGAAAAGAAGAGAGGGUCAACCAGUUCAGAGCUGUGCAAGGGCAGAUUCAGAGAAUAUCAGCAGAAAUAGCAGGUCAGUCAGUAUAUGAUGAUUCAUCAACAAAUGUGAUCAUAAACGAGAAUGAUCUUUCACUGAAGAAACUUGAAGAAUGUCAGACUGAGCUACAAACACUCCAUAAUGAGAAGAGCGACAGGCUCCAGAGAGUAGAAGCAUAUAUAGGCACAAUCCAGAAUUUAUCUGCAACAUUGGGUAUGGAGUCUUCCAUGAUUAUAACAAAGGUUCAUCCAAGCUUGAAUGAACUUUGUGGAAUAUCAAAAAACAUAAGUGACAGCAUUUUGGAAAAACUCAACAGCACUGUGGUAUCCCUCGAGGAAGAAAAACAAAAGCGACUUGAGAAGCUUCACCAUCUUGGAACAGCACUGACAAACUUGUGGAAUCUUAUGGACACACCCUAUGAAGAUCGUCGACUGUUCUCACAUGUUACUGGCUUAUUAUCAGUCUCCUCAGUGGAAGUAGCAGAUCCCGGAAGCCUUACGUUAAAUAUAAUUCAGCAGGCCGAGGCUGAAGUCAAGAGACUGGAUCAGUUAAAAGCAAGCAAAAUGAAAGAACUUUUUCUCAAGAAACAGAAUGAACUGGAGGAGAUAUGCAACAACUCACAUAUGGGGAUCCCUUCAAGAUUAGAAAUGGAAAAUAUCAUGAAGCUUAUAAACUCUGGGGAGAUUGAUCACGCUGAUCUCCUCAUGAGCAUGGAUGAACAGAUUUCAAAAGUAAGAGAAGAAGCCUCUAGCAGGAAGGGAAUAAUGGAGAAGGUGGAAAAAUGGCUGUUAGCACGUGAUGAAGAGCACUGGUUAGAAGAAUAUAGCAUGGAUCAGAAUCGAUAUUCAGUUAGCAGAGGUGCUCAUAAAAACCUGAGACGUGCAGAACGCGCCCGAAUAAUGGUCAAAAAAAUCCAAGCUUUGGUGGACUCACUUAUGGAAAAGACUAAAAGCUGGGAAGAAGAAAGAAACAAAGUUUUCUUGUAUGAUGAGGUACCUCUCCUGGCAAUGUUGGAAGAAUACAACAUGCUAAGGCAAGAAAAGGAGGAGGAGAAGCAAAAGCAAAGGGAAAAUAAGAAGGUGCAAACCCAAGUCAUACUCGAGCAUGAAAAGGUGAUAGGGUUCAGGCCAGGCACCAGUAGUCGCCGUAUUCUAAACAUGAGUUUAAAUGGAGGUUGUAGUACUGCUACCCCUCUAAACAGAAGGCUUUCUCUAGGUAUUCAACAGAUGGAAUCCAACAGUAUCAAUUCUGCAACUCAAGGCAUUUCCUAUGUAAAAGAAGGAAGGAAAAUUCAUAACCAAAAGAUGUUUGCUCGAUCCAACUUCGCUUCUCAUCUUAGAGAUGAAACAGCUUCAGUGGUGUCAACAUUUUCUGGCCCUUUGUCUCCUGAAUUUUGAAUUAGAUUUCCAAUGCCAUUGGGAGUCAUGGAGCAGAAUCGUUUAAAAUAAGCACAGACUAUGUC